GACCUGACACCUAUUUUGUUUACACAAACCCGACUGGUGUGGCUUAUAAAUGUUAAUGUUUAUAUUAACUGUUAAGAAUUGAUAAUACAACUCAUAAAAAUAGUAAUUAGUCGAUAUUAAGUACCAACAUUCACACACAUUUCAUCUUGACAACCCUAAAGAGCUGGAUAAUUACUAGGAGUUUAACAAGCGCUAUUACAGGCUGGACUUGCUUUUAAAUUAAACAGGCUGAUUUGGAUUAGCAAACGGGUAAACAGUCAUAAACAUUUUAGCUUAGUAAUUCCUGGAAACAGCUGAUCUAAGAAAGUUCGAGAACGCAACCGCUGAGAAUGGCCGAUAAACUUAGUGCGCAGUGUAUUCGGCAGAGGAAUGAUUCCCCGUUAAGGACGCAGUGCCGCAUUCUCCAUUCAAAGCAGACGGACCUGCUCAGUCAACUGCUGCCCAACACCCAAGUGCUGCGAAAACUGCGUUCCCUCUCCAUCGGGAGCAUGUCCCAAGCAGCUCUGGAGGAGAUCUUUGCUAACUGCAGUCAGCUGGAGAGCCUACUUCUGUGCGACAGGACGGGUUCCGGAGUCCUUUAUGAUAUUCGGAGCAUAGGGCUCUGCUGGAUGUUGAAGGUGCUGCUGUUGCCGGUGAAUGUAGGGACGCCACUGGCCAUCUGCUCUCUGGUGAACCUCACCCAUCUAACCCUUCAGCGCCAGAAACUUAGUCAGGAAACGGACUGGAUGCCUACCGUCCUGACCAUCAUCCAUGCCAAGCGAUUCAAUCUCCAAGGACUCAGCUUUGAUGGCUCCUGGCUGAUCGCUCCUCUGAAUCUGUCCCACCUUCAGCUGGCUCAAUGUACAGCCCUCACCGAUCUGAGACUGAGCAACUGCAAACUGGGUGAGGCAGACAGCCCCCCAUUGCCCUUCUCCUGCCAAAGGAUCAGCUUCCGGCGAUGCUCCAUGGGCAAACCCCUUGGUUGCAUAGGGACCAAUCCGCUAUUAAAAAAACUGGAGCUGUUUGACUGCCGGAUAUUGUCUGAAAUUCCCAUUCUAAGUCGCAUCUUGAACGUAAGGAGGCACCAGCCUGUCGACGGACCACUCCUGCUCACUUUUAGCGAGUCCAUAAGACUACGUUCUGAGCUCACGAAGUGGACCCAUGAGGAUGUUAGUGCCCACAGCAAGUGGCUGCAAGUAAAGGAACUGGAGCCCCACCAGGCAGAUACAUGGCACCAACCAGUCGGCACAGUUUCCAUGAAGUUUGCCCGUUCCAUAAAUUAUCUGCCCAAUCUCAAGCUCCCAGAGGAGAGUAUCCCGAAUGCCGCUGAUGUUGUCAGGAAGCUGGAUCCUUUAUAAGGAGUUAAAUCCGAGUAGUAAUUACAAAAAUAUAUAAAAGGGCAAUGACUGAACAUCUUAAAAACUUGGUAUGGUGAAAAUUUAGGUAUAAGGAUUAGCAACCUCCAGCUCAUUGUGCAUCACUGAAAAAAUUAUUUUUAUCAAGUUGUAAUCAAAAUUUAAUGCAUGCAAAUCCCACGUGAGAUAACUCCAGUCGACAUAUGCCCCCAAUCCCUUCAAGUGGCACACAACUUAUUAAAUUUAUCAAAUAUAAACUCGGGAGGCUUCGCCAUGUUAGCCCCAUAUUAGCAUUAGGAUCGCCAUUAUUCCAGUCGGAUGAGUUUUGUUUAUCAUCGAGCACAUAAAUUACAAAAAGUUGCCAAAAACAAGGACAAAAGUGAAAUUUAUGUGUACCGUAUGUAAUUAAUAAUAAAAGAAAUCGCGCAAACGAAUUAAAUGGUUCUGUGUGUGUUUAACUUGCUUGUUAGCCCGUCCAGAACGGCGCUUAAUUAGACCAAGUCCCCGCUGCCCCAGUCCUCCCAUCACUAACUUUAUGUUUGAGCCAACUUAAUGGGGUCCGAGCAGCAGUUCACCAGCUAAUAAGGUUAACCAAUCCCAGCAGCAAUGGGUGCUUGGGUGCUACCUGGGCGAAGGAUAUUGAAUCGUACAGGUGGAGAUGGAGGAUAGAUGGUGGUACAAAGCAAAGAUCGUAAAUGGUAUUGAUGUGCUGCAGAGUUCGUUGAGAUUGAUUCGCUGUCUUCCUUCCGUUUCCAAAUGCCAAUGAUUUAAUUCUUAAAUUGAUUGUCGUAAAAUAUAAGAAAAGUCAAAACUGAUU